AUGAAGAUAAUAGCAGUCCUCCUCAUAAAGAACCUAACCAGUACUAGUAGUAGUAGCUCUUCUUCUUCGAGCUCAAGUUCUCGUCAUCUGACAGCUCUAGUGAUGAAUAUGUGGAAGAAUAUAAUGCAACAAGAACAGGAAUCAACUUCAGCAGCGGUUUCCGUAAGUGAUGAAUUAAAUGGAGUUGUUACUGUGGCAAAAGGUAGAAAGCGCACUAGACAACCGGAAAACUGGAAACAAAUGAAGGCCAAAAAGUGA